GAAAGCAUUGAAUUCCUGACGAGUGAGCGAACAGUUUUGGCCGAUAGUCUCAAAGAAACCGAAGAAAGCCUUUUCAAAGAGCGCUUGGAUUGGAUCAAAGAGAAGGAGACCUUCGAUAAAGUGAAGGUUUGGUCCAAAAAUGUUUACGAAAAACUCAAAGAGAAGAGUGAGAAAUUGAAAGAAAUGGAAACAAAUGUGACUGAAAAAGACACCCAAAUUGAAAAAUUGAUGCAAACAAAUAAAAACAAUGAGAAUUUUGUGCAAAACUCUUCAAAGUUA